AAUGUCUUUAAUCUAGAGAGAGAGAGAGAGAGAGAGAUUUAAUUGUUACCGUAAGCUCUUUUACCUCGUAACGGUUUGACCGGGUGGUUUAAACCGGUUAUUGUAAAUCAGUAGGCUUCUUCUUCCGUCAUGGUUUAAUGCCGAACCCUUUUAGCUCUCUCCAUUUCCUCGCCGCGUUCUCUAGCUUCAUCGUUUCUGCAUCUCUCAGGUUGGAGAUAAGAGUGCAAAAAUCUUUUACUUUUCUCGUUCAGUCACUCCCAUGUCUGCCCUUGUGGCGCUAUGCAGAGCUCGAGCUGCUGCUUCUUCUUCUUUAUUCAACAGCCUUGUUCGUCCAGCAUUUCGUAGCUUCUCUACAGGUUUUGGUGAUGUGCAGAACAAAACGCUAGUGGCAGAAAUGGAAGAAACGAUGCUCCACAUGGACAUCAACUCAAUGAUAGGAAGCUCCAUGCCACUAGGAAUGAUGCGCAUAGGAACAAUCAUCCACAACAUCGAGAUGAACCCUGGGCAAGGCGCCAAGCUAGUCCGAGCCGCAGGAACAAACGCCAAGAUCCUCAAGGAGCCUGCUUCAGGCAAGUGCUUGAUAAAGCUUCCUUCAGGUGACACCAGGUGGAUCAACGCCAGGUGCCGCGCCACCAUCGGUACAGUCUCGAACCCGUCUCACGGAGUGAAGAAGCUGUAUAAAGCAGGACAGAAUAGGUGGCGGGGGAUAAGACCUAAAGUGAGAGGAGUGGCUAUGAAUCCGUGUGAUCAUCCGCACGGUGGUGGUGAAGGGAAAAGCAAAAGUAGUGGAAGCAGAGGAAGGACGUCGGUUAGCCCGUGGGGGAAGCCGUGCAAAGGUGGUUACAAGUCUGCUAGUGUCAAGAAGAAGAAGAAGAGAUUGGCUGCUAGAGAAGCCAAGAUGUGAUGUGAUGUGAUGGAACAAGAAGUUUUACGUUUUCUUCAAAUACAUCUUUUUGAGAGUUGGUUAUGAAUGUUGUUACGUGUUUUCUUUUCUUUUUUCUUGAAACUUGAAAUCAAACGUUUUGAGCGUCAUAAACGUUUUAUAAAACGCGUUUUUUUCAA